UCUCAGCAGAAUGGACUUUACAUGCGCUUUGGUUGCUCAGUCGCUAACUUGACCAGUGGCAGUUCGGUUGUAAACUUCCUCCAGUCAGUAGAAUUGGUGGAAAAACAUCUCUGUGAUCUUGUGCUUUUCUUGCCCUCUCAAGGAUCUUCAACUGCAACUCUUCACUGGGUGACUUUCCUUUUUUCUCCUUCACGCUGAAGUUGUUGUUUGUGUUGCUGAGUGGAUUUAUUGAGCAAGGAUGGGCAACUCAAAUUCGAUAUGUGCUGACAAGAAUGACGUGAAUGGCCACAAUGGUGUGUAUCGCAACGGCGGAGUGGCAGCCCAUCGUCCCCACGAGACGCACGCGCGAAAUACAGAGACAAAGCUGGGCCACCAACACAAGUGCUCAGGCAGCCCAUCAGGAGGUGGAAAAUCAGUCGAUUCAUCGGCUUAUCGUCGGUGCUUCUGUACGAACAUGAGUGACUACAAGAGUUUGGAUCGCGUGGGCCAGUGGCCAGCGGGUGAUUUUCACGAUUCCGAAAUCCCUGGAUCUCUCUCUGGUCUGGACAGACUCCGGAAUGGACGAUACAACAAGGGUUUGGCGUUCACGAGGAAGGAGAGAAUGAUGCUGGGCAUUCACGGACUGCUGCCGGCACGCGUGAAGAGCGAUAGUGAGCAGGUGGAGCACUGCGUGAUACUGCUGGAUCGUCUGGAGAAUGAGCUGGACAAGUUUAUCUACCUCAUGAAUCUGCUGGAUCGCAACGAGAGGCUCUUUUUCCAGGUCAUGCAAGCCAACACAGCCAAGAUUAUGCCACUGGUGUACACACCGACGGUGGGAUUGGCGUGUCAGAAGUACAGCAUGAUCUAUCAGUGGCCACGCGGGAUGUUCAUCACGAUCAAGGACAAGGGACAUGUGUAUGAGAUGCUGAAGAAUUGGCCGGAGCACGAUGUGCGGGCGAUUGUUGUGACGGAUGGCGAGAGGAUUCUGGGCUUGGGCGAUUUGGGAGCCAAUGGAAUGGGCAUUCCGGUGGGCAAGUUGGCUCUCUACACGGCAUUGGGUGGCAUUAAGCCCCAUCAGUGUCUGCCAAUCACGCUGGAUGUGGGCACAAACACGCAGUCCAUCCUCGAUGAUCCACUGUACAAUGGGCUGAGGCAGAAGAGAGUCACUGGCGAGGCGUAUGAUGAGUUCAUUGAGGAGUUCAUGGUGGCUGUGGUGAGACGCUUUGGGCGCAAUUGUCUGAUUCAGUUUGAGGACUUUGCCAACGCGAAUGCAUUUAGGCUGCUGGACAAGUACAGGAAUGACUAUUGCACAUUCAAUGAUGAUAUCCAAGGAACUGCUGCUGUGACUGUGGCGGGAAUUCUGUCAUCGCUGAAGGUGACAAAGACCCGCAUGAGUGACAAUGUGCUGGUGUUUCAGGGCGCUGGUGAGGCUGCCUUGGGCAUUGCCAAUCUCUGCUGCAUGGCGAUGGAAAUUGAGGGCUUGUCACGUGAGGAGGCGAAGAAGAGGAUUUGGUUGGUGGAUUCGCGAGGAUUAAUUGUGCAGAAUCGUCCCAAGGGUGGUGUGACGGGUGAAAAGGUUCACUUUGCCCAGGAGCACGCGCCCAUUGACACACUGAAGGAGGUUGUGGAGACAGUGAAGCCAUCAAUUCUCAUUGGAGCUGCCGCAAUUGCUGGUGCUUUCACGCCGGAAAUUCUCGAGAUGAUGGGAAAACUCAAUGAACGUCCUGUAAUCUUUGCCCUGUCCAAUCCCACCGCCAAGGCGGAGUGCACAGCUGCUGAUGCGUACAAGUACACCGAUGGACGUGUUAUCUUCGCCUCGGGAUCACCAUUCCCGCCAGUGGAGCACAAUGGGAAGACAUAUCACACGGGACAGGGCAACAAUGCCUACAUCUUCCCCGGCAUUGCUCUCGGUGUCAUCUCGGCUGGCUGUCUCACCAUCCCGGAGGAGGUCUUCCUGAUCUCUGCCAAGGAGUUGGCUGAUCUUGUGCGUGCCGAAGACUACGAAGUGGGCAAUGUUUAUCCGCCGCUGGAGCAAAUUCUCACGUGUUCUGUGAAAAUUGCCGAGAGUGUGAUGAAGUAUGCUUAUGAUAAAGGAUUGGCUCAGGUUCAGCCACAGCCGGAGAAUUAUGAGGAAUUCCUGAAGAGUCAACUCUACAAUCUCACCUAUCCCAACUGUUUCCCGGCGGUUCACGAGUGGGAUUAGGCAGUUCCGCUUGAAAAAAAAAAACGCAUCGAAUUGUUGUAUCGAAAUUUGAGGAAAAAAAGGAUAUCGAGUGAUAUAAAACGUUGGCAAAGCGAACGAAUUUAUAUACAGGGCGAAUAUUGAUGUAGAACAGAAAAUUGGGAACAAAUCGAACAAAUUGAGAA